UGCACAGUUUUCGCUAUUUCUGUUCACCAUUUACAUUCAGACCUUCUCUCUGUGUUUUUGUACUGUGAAGAAUUGUAAACACUUGUUGAUGUGUCGACUGGACGUGAGUUGUAUGCACAUGCUACCCGGGAAGUCUACCCGAGCAUAACGAUGAUAACUUUGAGAGGAAUUAGUACGAGUACAUUCGUUUUUUCUCUGACGGUGUUCGUGAAUUUAUGUUUCUUUGUAGCAGGACACAGUAAGGAGAAUGUCACAGACGGAAACAUUCCAAGAAAGCUACAAAACAUCUGUCGACAAUGAGGAUAUAACGAUAGUCCUCACACUUAUUGCCACUAUUGUCGCAGUCAUCGCCAUCUCAUCAACCUUCAUCAUCUGGUGUUGUCCGGGGUGUGUCGAAAACUCUACUCAUGUUGUCAUGGAAAUCAUAAGAAGCAACAGGUGUCGUGAGUCAGAGGAAGAGCGUGAGUCAAGUGCAGGGAGCUUUCAGUCACGUGACACAUGUCGAGAUGAAGAAGAUGCUUGUCUAACGAAUGAUGGAAACUGUUUCCAGCUCUUAAAUAACGGUUCUGUAGAAGAUGGAACUUUUGAUUGCAUGGAGUCCGAGGACACUGACACUGUCGCCAUGACUGACACCACUACUGUACCACCAGAUCCUUUGUUGCCACAACAAAUAUUACAAGCACCAGUAUUCUCAUCACUAGUUCUAGAAGAUCGAGUUUCACAACUGUUAGAACUGUCAGAACCACCACCACCAUUACCACCACCACAUUUCAUCUAGUACCACCUCUGAGUGAAUUACCACCGGCGCCAACUCAAACCACCCUAUUCGCGCUUGAUCUAGUAUUGUCUACAAGGGACUCGCCGCCACCACCACCACCACCACCAUCGCCACCACCAUUUUAUCUAUUACCACUUCCGAGUGAAUCACCACC